GCCCCAGGGCCCCUCUGUCCGGCGGGUGCUGGGAUCUGACUGGCAUCUGUCCCCGCAGGCCUACAACAUCCACGUGAACGGUGUGUUGCACUGCCGAGUGCGCUACAGCCAGCUCUUGGGGCUGCAUGAGCAGUUAAGGAAAGAGUAUGGCGCUAAUGUGGUCCCAGCCUUUCCCCCAAAGAAGAUCUUCACACUCACUCCGGCAGAGGUAGAGCAACGACGGGAGCAGCUGGAGAAAUACAUGCAGGCUGUGCGGCAGGACCAGACGCUGGGAGGCAGUGAGACCUUCAACAGCUUCCUGCGCAAGGCCCAGCAGGAGACGCAGCAGAUACCCACAGAGGAGGUGGUGCUGGAAGUGCUGCUCUCCAAUGGCCAGAUGGUCAAGGUCACCAUCCUUACCUCGGACCAGACAGAGGAUGUCCUUGAGGCUGUGGCCUCCAAGCUGGAUCUGCCAGAUGACCUGGUUGGCUACUUCAGCCUCUUCCUAGUGAGAGAGACCAAGGACGGAGCUUUCUCCUUCGUGCGGAAGCUGCAGGAGUUUGAGCUGCCGUAUGUGUCCGUCACCAGCCUGCACAACUCGGAGUUCAGAAUCAUCCUGCGCAAGAGCUACUGGGACUCCUCCUAUGACGAUGAUGUAAUGGAGCAUCGUGUGGGGUUGAACUUGCUGUACGCGCAGACGGUGUCAGACAUUGAGCAUGGAUGGAUCCUUGUCAACAAGGAACAGCACCGGCAGCUAAAGUCCCUGCAGGAAAAAGUCUCCAAGAAGGAGUUCAUCCGCCUGGCACAGACUCUGAAGUACUACGGCUAUCUCAAGUUCGACCCCUGUGUCACUGACUUCCCUGAGAAGGGAUGCCACGUCGUCGUCAGUGCUGGCAACAACGAACUCAACUUCCAGGUGCGGCUACCAAGCGAUCAGAUCAAGGAAGGCAGCUUCAAGGUCACGCGCAUGCGGUGCUGGCGGGUCACAUCCUCGGUGCCGAUGAGCAACGGUCCCUCGGGGAGCAGCCCAGGGAAGUCUGAGGUGAAGUUGGAGUUGGCUUUUGAGUAUCUAAUGACUAAAGACCGGCUGCAGUGGGUCACCAUCACCAGUCCACAGGCCAUCAUGCUCAGCAUCUGCCUGCAGUCCAUGGUGGACGAGCUGAUGGUGAAAAAGUCUGGAGGCAGCAUCCGCAAGAUGUUUCGCCGGCGGGUGAAUGGGGCCCUGCGGCGCUCGGACAGCCAGCAAGCUGUGAAGUCGCCCCCACUGCUGGACUCACCUGAUGCCUCCCGGGAGCCGAUGGCCAAACUCUCGAGCAAGCUCACCUCUGUCAGUCUGCGAGGGAUCAGCCACUCCAGCUCUACUAACGAUGUGGGUGCUAAUGACUUCCAUGGCAAUUAUGCCUUUGAGGGCAUUGGCGAUGAAGAUCUGUAG